UCAUAGACACUAUCCUCUUGCGUAGCACUCACUCCACACACCAAAAGUGUUGUAAGAUGAGCAAGCAGUUGUUCUACGCGAACCUUUUGCUUGCUUUCUACUUCUCAUGUUGUCACUAUGCCGUUGCUCAGACUGAAAAUUCCGUUUUGCCACUCAAAGCUGUGAAUCUUGGAAAUUGGCUUGUUAUUGAAGGGUGGAUGAAACCUUCUCUCUUUGAUGGAAUAACCAACAACGAUCUUUUGGAUGGAACUCAAGUGCAGUUCAUGUCUACCAAGUUACAAAAGUAUCUGUGUGCAGAACAUGGGGGAGGAAGUAUUGUUGUUGCCAACCGCACCAAAGCUUUGGGUUGGGAAACUUUCAGGUUGUGGAGGGUCAAUGAAACGGCCUUCAAUUUUAGAGUUUCCAAUAAGCAGUUUGUGAGAUUGACAAAUCAAGAUGAAGGAAACACAUUAUUGGCUGAUUCAGAUUCACCUAGCGACAUGGAAACAUUUGAGAUUCUGAGGAGCGAUGAUGACCCAAACAGGGUUCGCAUCAGAGCAUCAAAUGGUCUGUUUUUGCAGACCAUAUCAGAGACUGUGGUGCUUGCAAAUUAUGAAGGGUCUAGUUGGGAUGAUAGUGACCCUUCAGUCUUCAAAAUGAAUGUUUUGAAGGGUACAAUUAUAAGGGGUGAAUACCAAAUUACAAAUGGUUAUGGACCAGAUAAAGCUCCCAAAAUCAUGAGGGAUCACUGGAAUACAUACAUCACUGAAGAUGAUUUCAAGUUCAUGUCAGAAAAUGGCUUAAAUGGUGUUAGAAUUCCCGUGGGGUGGUGGAUAGCCCAAGAUCCAACGCCACCAAAGCCAUUUGUUGGGGGGUCCUUAGAAGUGCUAGACAAUGCCUUCACAUGGGCAGAGAAGUAUGGAAUUAAUGUAAUUGUGGACCUGCAUGCUGCACCAGGCUCACAAAAUGGAAGACCCCACAGUGCCUCAAGAGAUGGAUAUCUAGAGUGGGGAGAUUCAUACAUAUCUGACACGGUGGCAGCCAUAGACUUCCUAGCUGAAAGAUAUGCUAACAGACCAAGUCUUAUUGCAAUAGAGCUAAUGAAUGAGCCUCAAGGGGUAAACUUGGAAAGCCUUAAAAGCUAUUAUCAAGCAGGUUAUAAUGCUGUUCGGAAACACACAUCCGAUGCCUAUGUGAUCAUGUCUAACCCUCUGGACAGAGAUUCAAAAGUGCUUCUAUCCUUUGUUGGAGCUUUCAGUAAAGUGGUCAUUGACGUGCAUUACUACAAUCUCUUUUCGGAUAGGUUCUCAAACAUGAAUGCGCAGCAAAACAUUGAUUUUGUUAAAAAACAAAGAGCUUCGGAUCUUAGCUCUCUCACCACAUCUAAUGGACCCCUCAUUUUUGUUGGGGAGUGGAGUGGUGAUUGGAAAGCUCAGAGAGCAUCAAAGAAAGAUCACCAAAAAUUUAUGCAAGUCCAAGUGGAGGUAUAUUCUGGUGCCAAAUUUGGAUGGGCUUAUUGGGCCUACAAAUGUGACUCUAACUUCUGGGACAUCAAGUGGAUGAUUGAAAACAAUUAUGUUAAGCUUUAAUUACUAUGCCCCUGUGCUCUAAAAAGAGUGUUUUACAUGUCUAUUCAAAAUUGGAAGUGUAAUUUACAAAAAUAAAGAUAGCCUACUACUGCUAAACAAAAACAUAUAAAGUUCGGUAAUUGUAUGAAUGAUGCUGCAACUUUCGGUUCUUUGCAUUA